AUGGAGGAGGCCGAGACCUCCAUGAGCAAGCAACACAAGCAAGCCAUGCUGACGGACGCUAUGAAGAGUAUCAGGUUGGCUCAGAAGAAUUCACAUCUCGCUAGAGAUCUUCGACGAGAAGUCGAGAGCACAAAAGCCAAGUUAAGACGCAACGGUCGCGAAAUGAUGGCUGCGAGAAACAAGCUGGUCAAACUGUUGUAUGGCGCUUUUCUGUAUUGUCUAAAGGUGAAUAUCGGUACUGUCAAGGUUGAGAAAGGCGAGGACAAGUAUGCUUAUCGAUGGACACGAGAUGACCGCGAAUGUCAAUUCUAUGGGAAAUUGUUGCAUUAUAUUUGUCUUGUUUAUGCAAGAUAUAGUCGAGGAGUUUUCCAGGGGGCUUGGAUGUAUGCUCUCGAUGGUCCCGCAAUUGCGUAA